AUGCCACCCAAACCAUUCAAACCUCCCCGCCCUUCGGGCAGACCACGAAAGUCCACCUCCACCACACCGGCCUCGGGAACCAAGCGUGCAGCUUCUUCAGUCCCGAAACGUAAGACUAAAACUGGAGCUGGAAUCGAGAAAAUACAGGGCCGUAGAGUCUCGGCGCGGGAAAUGGGAUUACCUUCCCUAUCACCCGAUUCUCAGCCCGCUUCUCACCCUUCCUCAGCACCAGCCUCUAAUCCAGAAGAUAGAGAUGAAGGGGAGGACGAUACAUUUGCAGAACGGACCGAGCUUCGACAUGGGGACGGAGAAGGGGAAGGCGACGCAGAUGACGGGAGGCAGGAGACAAUACGGCCAGAAUUACUAGCUGUGAUAGUGCAACAGUUCUUCCAAGAAAAAGGGACGAGGCUUGGUACGGGGGCUAAGAAGGCUAUAGGGAAGUAUAUGGAGACUUUUGUGAGGGAGGGUAUUACGAGGUGUGUGUGGGCGAGGAGUGAGGAGAUGUGUGGGGUGGAAGGGGCCAGUGGGAUUUUAGAGGUUGAGGAUCUUGAGAAGUUGGCACCACAGUUGUUGAUGGAUUUCUGA